CGGGACGGCGGCGGUGGCUCUGCCCGCGGCCGGCGGCCCCCGGCCGGUGCCUUCGGCGGCGCGGGGCGCCCAUGCUCUGCUCCGGCUCGCCUCUCCGGGCACCCGCGCCGCUUCGCCGAUGCCUUUCUCGGGCGAAGAGCGGAGCCUGCAGGGGAUCUACAAGCCGGCGGCGCCGGCAGAGGGCAGGGCGGCCGGCGGGGCGACCGUCUGUACCGAGUGCUACACCAACCGCUCCUUCGUCUACGACGAUGGCAGCGCCCACAGGCUCUCGUCGCCCGGCGGCUGCGGCGGCGGGGACGGCGGCGGGAGCCGCAAGAGCGGGGUCAUUCUGGACAUCGCCGCCCUGAAGAUGACGGAGCUGGAGUCCGAGGUGCUGCCCCUGCCGCCCCGGUACCGCUUCCGCGAUCUGCUGCUGGGGGACCAGUCCUUCCAAAGCGACGACAGGGUGCAGGUCGAGUUCUACGUGAAUGAAAACACCUUCAAGGAGCGGCUGAAGCUCUUCUUCAUCAAAAACCAGCGAUCGAGCCUGAGGAUCCGGCUCUUCAACUUCUCGCUGAAGCUGCUCACCUGCCUCCUGUACAUCGUCCGCGUCCUGCUCGACAACCCGGAGGAGGGCAUAGGCUGCUGGGAAUGCGAAAAGCAGAAUUACACAGCAUUCAACCAGUCCACAAAGAUAAACUGGUCACACAUCUUCUGGGUGGAUAGAAAAAUGCCACUGUGGGCUGUGCAGGUCAGCAUAGCUUUAAUCAGCUUUCUGGAGACCAUGCUGCUCAUCUAUCUCAGCUACAAGGGAAACAUCUGGGAACAGAUUUUUCGCAUUUCAUUCAUCCUCGAGAUGAUCAACACGGUGCCAUUUAUUAUCACGAUCUUCUGGCCUCCUUUGCGGAAUUUGUUCAUUCCUGUGUUUCUGAACUGCUGGCUUGCCAAGUACGCCCUGGAGAACAUGAUUAACGACCUGCACCGAGCCAUACAAAGGACCCAGUCCGCGAUGUUUAACCAGGUGCUCAUUCUGAUCUGCACCCUCCUGUGUCUCGUUUUCACGGGGACCUGUGGCAUCCAGCAUUUAGAAAGAGCAGGCGAGAAGCUCUCCCUCUUCAAGUCCUUCUAUUUCUGCAUCGUCACCUUUUCCACUGUGGGCUAUGGAGACGUGACACCAAAGAUCUGGCCUUCCCAGCUCCUCGUCGUGAUAAUGAUUUGCGUCGCCCUGGUCGUGCUGCCGCUCCAGUUCGAGGAGCUUGUCUACCUGUGGAUGGAGCGGCAGAAGUCGGGAGGCAAUUACAGCCGUCACCGUGCCCAGACGGAGAAACACGUCGUCCUUUGUGUCAGCUCCCUCAAGAUCGAUCUCCUCAUGGACUUCCUCAACGAGUUUUACGCCCACCCACGCCUGCAGGAUUACUACGUGGUGAUACUUUGCCCGACAGAGAUGGACAUCCAGGUGCGGCGGGUCCUGCAGAUCCCUCUGUGGUCGCAGCGAGUGAUCUACCUCCAGGGCUCUGCGCUGAAGGACCAGGACCUCAUGAGAGCCAAGAUGGACAACGGAGAAGCCUGCUUCAUUCUCAGCAGCCGAAACGAGGUGGACCGCACCGCGGCGGACCACCAGACCAUCCUGAGAGCCUGGGCUGUGAAAGAUUUUGCUCCAAACUGUCCUCUCUAUGUUCAGAUCUUAAAGCCUGAAAACAAGUUUCACGUCAAGUUUGCCGAUCACGUCGUCUGCGAAGAGGAGUGCAAAUACGCCAUGCUGGCGCUGAACUGCGUCUGCCCUGCCACCUCCACCCUCAUCACGCUGCUGGUGCACACCUCCCGCGGCCAGGAGGGCCAGGAGUCCCCGGAGCAGUGGCAGCGGAUGUACGGGCGCUGCUCGGGCAACGAGGUCUACCACAUCCGGAUGGGCGACAGCAAGUUCUUCAUGGAGUACGAGGGGAAGAGCUUCACCUACGCCGCCUUCCACGCGCACAAGAAGUACGGCGUCUGCCUGAUCGGCAUCCGGAGGGAGGAGAACAAGAGCAUCCUCCUGAACCCCGGCCCGCGGCACAUCAUGGCAGCGUCCGACACCUGCUUCUACAUCAACAUCACCAAGGAGGAGAACUCCGCCUUCAUUUUCAAGCAGGAGGAGAAGCAGAAGAAGAAGGGCUUUGCGAGGAGAGGCACCUACGACGGCCCAUCCCGCCUGCCCGUGCACAGCAUCAUCGCCAGCAUGGGUACAGUAGCCAUGGACCUGCAAAACACGGAGUGCCGCCCCGCUAACAGCAGCAAGCUGGCGCUGCCGGCGGAGAACGGCUCGGGCAACCGCCGGCCCAGCAUCGCGCCCGUCCUUGAGCUGGCCGACACGUCGUCCCUGCUGCCCUGCGACCUGCUCAGCGACCAGUCGGAAGAUGAGAUGACGCAGUCGGACGAGGAGGGGUCGGCGGUUGUGGAGUAUGUGAAAGGCUACCCACCGAACUCUCCCUACAUUGGGAGCUCCCCGACUCUGUGCCACCUUUUACCCGAGAAAGCCCCAUUCUGCUGCCUGAGGCUGGACAAGGGCUGCAAGCACAACAGCUUUGAAGACGCCAAAGCCUACGGGUUUAAGAACAAACUGAUUAUCGUUUCGGCAGAGACGGCUGGGAAUGGACUCUAUAACUUCAUUGUCCCCCUUCGUGCGUACUAUCGGUCCCGCAAAGAAUUGAACCCAAUCGUGUUGCUGCUGGACAACAAGCCCGAGCACCACUUUCUGGAAGCCAUCUGUUGUUUCCCCAUGGUUUACUACAUGGAAGGCACGAUCGACAACCUGGACAGCUUGCUGCAGUGCGGCAUCAUCUAUGCCGACAACCUGGUGGUUGUGGACAAGGAGAGCACGAUGAGCGCCGAGGAGGACUACAUGGCGGAUGCAAAGACAAUUGUCAACGUCCAGACCAUGUUCAGGCUCUUCCCCAGCCUCAGCAUUAUCACAGAGCUGACACAUCCCUCCAACAUGAGGUUUAUGCAGUUCAGAGCAAAGGACAGUUACUCUCUUGCCCUUUCCAAGCUAGAAAAGAAAGAGCGAGAGAAUGGCUCCAACCUGGCCUUCAUGUUCCGGCUGCCCUUCGCGGCCGGGAGGGUCUUCAGCAUCAGCAUGCUGGACACGCUGCUCUACCAGUCGUUCGUGAAGGACUACAUGAUCACCAUCACUCGGUUGCUUCUGGGCCUCGACACCACGCCGGGCUCCGGCUACCUCUGUGCGAUGAAGAUCACUGAAGAUGACCUCUGGAUCCGGACGUACGGCCGCCUCUUCCAGAAGCUCUGCUCCUCCAGUGCGGAGAUUCCCAUCGGGAUUUACAGGACGGAGUCGCACAUGUUCGCGACCUCCGAGCCACACGACAUCAGAGCGCAGUCACAGAUCUCAAUCAACGUGGAGGACUGCGAGGACACAAAGGACGUCAAGGAGCACUGGGGCAUCAAGACCAGCCACCACAGGAACUCGUGCUCCAGCGACCAGUCCGAGCACCCGCUGCUGCGACGCAAGAGCAUGCAGUGGGCACGCCGGCUGAGCAGGAAGGGCAACAAGCACUCCAGCAAGACGGCCGAGUGGAUCAGCCAGCAGCGCCUCAGCUUGUACCGGCGCUCCGAGAGGCAGGAGCUUUCUGAGCUUGUCAAAAACCGUAUGAAGCACCUGGGCUUGCCCACGACCGGGUACGAGGAUGUAGCAAAUUUAACAGCCAGUGAUGUGAUGAAUCGGGUAAACCUGGGAUAUUUGCAAGAUGAGAUGAACGACCACCAGAACACCUUGUCCUACGUCCUGAUCAAUCCUCCCCCGGACACACGGCUGGAGCUCAACGACAUCGUGUACCUGAUCCGCUCCGACCCGCUGGCCCACGUGGCCAACGAUGGCCACAGCCGCAAGAGCAGCUGCAGCAACAAGCUGGGCUCCUGCAACCCCGAAACGCGCGACGAGACCCAGCUGUGAGCAGCCCCCCCCGCACCCCACGCCCUUGCCGGGGGGCCGGUGGGCUCCCGGGAGAGGUGGUGAAGAAGAGGACGGCCAGCCGGAGGGGAAGGCUGCUGCCGCCCACGGGUGCCCGUUGCCCCGGGGGAAGGCGAUGCCCGGCCUGGCUUUGCGCCGCGGAAGGGAUGCCGGGACCCCCCUGGAGGGACGGGACGGCCGGACAGACCGACAGCCGGCCAUCGUACGCCCCGUGGCUUUUAACUUUUUAUACGAAUACCGCAACUAGUGAGAAAGUCUUCGCUGGUGCUGGUGGGACGUGGCUGAGACCAGAUGACAACUGAUCCUGGUGUGAGCAGCAGGACUGUGUUUAAUAUUGCCCCCAGAUGAUGCACGUUGUUUGCAUUUGAUGGGGCUUGUCAAUACAAGAGCAAAACUGCGCCAAACCCCUCCUCCUCCUCCUCCUCCCCCUUCGCCAGGUAUCCCCUGGGUACCCAAACUUCUGCUCUUUCACUCAACUCAUGUUCUUCAUCCUCUGUUGGUUUUCUGUUACGGAUGUCGAUGUGAGGAGCGCUCGGAGCUGCGCCGGGAGGCAGGGAAGGACUCGCCGGUGGCCGCGGGAUGGAUGGAUGGAUGGAACAAGGUGGGACGAGGCGGGACAGGGUGGGACGGGGCGGCGCAGCCCCCUCCGGUGCCUCCAGUGCAUCUUGGCAUCUCCAAACCAAAACGCACCAAACCCAGGGGACCGAAAGCCGUGCCAGCCCUGCGGCAAUGCCUCUCGUCACCCGCGCCCCGGCUGCGCACAUGGUGCCCCUGGGUUUGCGUCCCCCCGCCGAGCUCGUCCCCCGUUGCUACUGCUGUUGGGGCUGCCCGGGGGGGGGGACUCGGGACUCGGGGGUCCCUGUACCGGGGAAGGGGUGGGACGGGGCAGGCUGGCGGGGGACACGCACCCCUGGGUGUUGUGGGUCGGCGUCUCGGCUCAGCUCCUUCCCGGGGCAGUUUGGGGCCCGACACCCCCCUCCCCGGCUAGCGCAGCCUGGACAUGGCUUCAACCCCUUCCCCUCCCCUGGGUCACGGACCGGUGACACCAUUAAAGGCAGCGGGUUCUGCCCGGCCCCCCCCCCCCCGUGCCCACCGCGGGCACCCUGGCAGCUCCUCCCGUCCUCGCUCGACUCUAUAACGCAGCAAAACCGCGCGUCCGAGCGGCUUCGCCUGCAGCAGAGGUGCAUGAACGUACAGAACAGCGUUAAACCCUACACCGCCGCAUCGCCUACGCUGGCCAAGCGCUUUCGGUCUGCAUCGGCCGACCCGUAGAGACCUUUCGAUAGCAGAAACACAAGAUGUAUUUUCCAUCUAUUUUUGCACACUUUACAACGUUGAUGUGUAAAGGUUUUAUUUGAUUGCCAAGUGAAUAACCGAGUUGUUAACUUUAUAUACUUUUACAUUCAUAUAUUAAAACUCCAAUGUGAUUUUUUUUUUUUUUUUUAAACAAGAAGCCUGUAAAGCACAACAUCACCAUGAAAUCCCAUCAGCCGUCCUGGACUUGCUGCCAGCUGAAUGGUUUAUUGCCAUUAACAUUUGCCGUUCGUUCCCCAUGACACCCCCAAUAAAAGUUGUUUACAAAAAAAAAAAAAAAAACCAAACCCCCAAAAAACUGUUUAAAAUUGCAGUUUUAAGCAGUUGGUGAGAUGUCCUGGGGCAGCCCCAGCCCGCGGGGAUGUGCUGCCCACCCUGUGGGAGAGCAGCGAUGGGAGAGAAACGUGUGGGUGAGGAACAAGGAUGCCCGGGGUGGGGGUAGGACCCGCACGGGGGCUGGCAUUGCCUCGAGAAGGUGAGAAAGACCUUCUGGGCCUGGAUGGGGUUUGGGGUCAGUCUUUUUUAUUUUUUUUAUGUUUUUUUUUUUAAUUGCUAUUUUUUCCCGAUGUGCUGGCCACGAGGCCCUGGGUGACAUGCACUGGGCACCGUCAGCUGACGGUACGUCACGGGCUCGGAGGGGAACCGCAGGUAAAAGCAAUGAGCCCAGCCCGACCCUUUGGCUACACUUAGGUGUGGACACAAACAGAACUGGCUCUGAUGCUUUUUUCGGUUGUUUUGGGUUGGGCUUUUUUAAUUAUUGUUAAUUUUUUAUCUAUUCAGUUAAGGCAGAUACAUGUUGUUUUAUUUAUUUCUGUUGGUAACAUAGCAUGCCAAAAAUAUCAUUUAAAAGAAAAAAAAGUUGUAGGCUAAAAAGUGAGCGCGGUUGAAGUACAAAAGCACAUGUUGGGUCUGUGUUAACUUAAAGCCUCAAGAUGCUCAGAUAACUCCAGAAAUGCCUCUUCACGUGUUAAUAUAUUUAAUUGUCUAGAUUUCAGUCAUUUUCCAAUCGCCACUUAGCUUUCAUGGGAGAGUGGAACAAAGCAGUAUUACAGGUUCAAAAAAACCCAAGCCGUGUGGAUGACGUGAUUACCUGCAUGUGUUUAACUACUCAGUACAUAAGUUUUUAAUAUUUUUUUUUUUUUUUUAUUUGACUGGCGGGAUGUGCCAAAUGACACAGCACUGAGCAUCCCGGUUAGCCAAGUGCUGCCGAGAGGGAAGGGUCCUCGUGCCCGCAGCCCCGCAGGCUGCAAAGACAUCAGGUGCCGCGGCAGGAGCUCAGCUCUAGGUACCUCUCCUUCCUCACUGGGCACUCGCCAGUCUUAUUGACCCUUCAUCGAGGAGAUGAUAAUUAACAUAAGAGGAAACCCACAUACCAAAAGAAGUGUAGACUACAUGUGGUUUGUAAAACUAUUAAAAUAACAACCCUCAAUAUUACUGCAUUUUGACAAUGCUUCUGUUUGUUUAAUGUAUAAAUAUAUGUAUUUAAAGAGAAAGCUACGUGUAUAAACCAUACGCGUUUUACAUACAUUCUUUCUAUGGUGUAAAUUUAUAGCAGACAUUCUAAUGGGAUGUUGAAAUAAAUACUGUAGAUACUUACCUGUGGUCAAUGCAAGUCUAAGAGCAAACGUUUAAUUUUUCUAAUUCUUUAGACUCAGUUAAAAUACUAAUGUAAAAACAAAGGUAUUUUAUUUUUGUAAUGGUCCUGGAAAUGUUGAUGCAUCAAGAAGAGUUGUUUCUGCUUAUAAAAGGGCUGUCUUGGAGGGGUGCACAACGGAGGACUUUAUCCCGGAGCUGCCUGGUACAAUCCCCGUCCUGCACUUCCCAUGGGGAGAGGAAAACAAUUGCUAUUGCUUCCAGCUGCUGAGAGUAAACUUAGACAAAUAGGAUUUUCUGAAGGAAACAGUUGUGUUCUAAAGCAGAGACAUGACGGGCCCUGGGGGAACGCAGAAACGAGGAUGGCUGCGGCAUUUUCAGGUUUACUAGCGAACGGCUCCAUCGCAUGUUACAUGUCCACUAAUGGUUUCAUAUGCUAAAUAUGGACUAAAUCCGUAUAUCAUGCAUUAAAGUAAAAUCAAAUAUUAAAACAAAUGUUAGAGUAUAUUUAUUUCCUGUUAUACCCCUUUUUACUUCAAUCUAUACAGAACAUGACAUUUUUAUUUCCCCUGAGUGAGACCAGUCUUCUCUCAAGGUCAGCUCAUGCAUGGAUUUUUAUCAGCAACAGCAGAUAAAACUCCCACCUUUCCUCUCUGAGACCCAAUUUUGUGACAUGUUCUGCUGGGCUGCACUGCAGCCAGCCAACUGCAGAUGGUUUUGUACAAUUAUUGUGAAGAUGCUUCACAUUUCUGUAAAGACAAAUGAAAAUAAAAGAGCUGCAUGCAGCAA